CCCCAUUCAACCACUCUCCUCUCUGUUCUAGUGUGUUUACUACACUGCCGACCAUAGGGGAGACACUCGUCUUCACAUGCACUGAGCCUAACAAGAAGAAACUGUUUUUAGUUGUCUUUGUAAGAAAAUCUCCAAAAGAUCAACAUGCCCAAGAGAAAGGCCGCGGCAGCUGAGGGAGGUGAGAAGGAGGAGCCCCAAAGGAGAUCGGCUCGGUUAUCAGCGAGACCGGCCCCACCUAAGCCUGAACCAAAGGCUAAGAAGGCAGCCAAGAAAGAAAAGGCUGUGAACGACAAGAAGGAGGACAAGAAGACCAAGAAGGCGAAGGAGAACGCAGAGGCUGAAGCGAACGAGGAAAACCACUCUGAGAACGGAGAUGCCAAGACCAACGAGGAUGAGGCAGCUCCAGAAGAGGCCAAGGAGGAGGCCAAGUCUGAGUAGCAGCACUGCCCUAUCUCACAUCCCUCAGCGCCCCCACUUCCCUCCGAUAAAAACCCCAGCCAAUCUCACACGGUUUCCCUCCAAGGCGUAUUGUUAACAGAGGAAUAUUUUUAUCAAUGAUUUUAUAAGUAUCCGUACAGAUUUUUAGCACAAAAGCAAAAGCUGAAUAAUAUGGAGCACCUUGCAGACUUGCAGUGGUCAAAUCAAAAAAAGAAGAAAAGAACACACGCAAAUCUUUUUUAAAUGGCAUUCAUGAUUGUUGAAGGCUUGUUUGGUGUAGAAAGUGUGUCCCUUUUUGCCGGAUUGGCUACUAUGUUGUGAGUUGUGUACCCCUUGUGUUCUCUCCCUUAAUCUAGAUCUAAAAACCUUUUCCAGCCGAUUUAGUCCUCUCCUCUCCUACAACUUUCUCCAUGUUUUAUUAACGGUUCAACCAUUGGUAAUGUGGGUGAUUUCUUUUAGACUCUAAAUGUGCAGUGUGCAGUUCCCUUAUGCUUCUGUCUCCUGAUCUAUUGUUUUAUUUUUUCAUUGAAAUUGUGUUUUAAAAGAAAAAAAGUGUGUUGUCCAUAAGAAAGAGGAAGAUGAACAUGUACAAAAAACAUUCCGGGAACAGCCUCCUCCGACCCUGCGUGUACAAAACAGCUACUGCUCCAUCCACAUUGAUGCUGUCAUGUCGGCUUUUCUAAAUAAUUACAAAACAUUGUUUUUCUUUUUUUUUUUAUCAAAUGAAUUUGGAAAUCUCUCUGACAAAUGCAGGUGUCUGGUCCCUCUCUUAUGUUCUGAAAUUCUCUUAAUAAAAACGAGUCCUGGGAAUUUUCCUCGAAAA